UUCGUUUUAAAUUGAACUAGCUUUAUCGGAUACCGUAGAUAAAUACGGGGACAAGAUUAUUCUUGAUAGAAUAUUUCUUUAUUUAAUAGUCCAAAGAUUGCGAUAACGUCAGCCUUAAAACAGAUUUAACGGACAGUUGUUUGUGUCAAAAUAAGUUCAAAAAUGUGGAAAGUGAAGGCAAUUUCUUUCGUCAUCGCUUGCUGUUUUGCAGGACUAGUACAAUGUGGUUAUUCUGGUGAGGUUGAAAAAUUGUUUCAAGAUCUCGAAGACUUUGGAUUUAGAUCAAAUGUCGAAAAGGCAGAAGAAAGGAUGGAGUCUUGAUGAAACCAUGGAUAGAAAGUAUGCAAUAGGAAUUGUCCACUUGUAUACUCAAGAAGAGAACAAAUUCUACAAAACUUUGAACAAAGAAAUGCGUGAAAACUACCCAGCAGACACUAAUAUCUGGAAACGAUCUGGCGAUCUUAUAAACAGGGGUAUCGAUAUUCUUGGACCUACGGAGCAUACAAUUGUAUACAGGGGAUGUACAGAAUUGAAUGAUCUCCCUGUUAAAGGACGUACGUUCACAUUCAACCAGAUCAUAAGUACCACUUUAGAUCGUGAAACAGCUAAAGAUUUUACUGAUUGCAAAGAUGGAUAUUUUUUUGAGAUUUCAAAUGUGUAUGGUGUAUUGGUUGAUGACUACUCACAAUAUGGUUAUGAAGAAGAAGUUAUGAUUAAGUCCUACUAUGUCUUCAAAGUAUUUGAAGAACAUCAAACAACAGAAGGCUAUAUAGUUUACAAACUUGAUGGUCAGUCAGACUCUUAUGGUCGGUCAGAAUCUAACUCGGGCAAUAGAGCAUAUUCAGGAAUUCUUAUGCAAUGCUUAAUUGUUGUCAUCACAAUUUUAACACUGGGCAAAUAGUUUACGAAAGAAGACAAGAUUUUCUUUAAAUUAUAAGGAAGACAUUUAAAACAACAACAACAACAACAAAAAAGACAUUCAUUUUUUAUUUUUCAUAAACUAAUUUUUCAUCACACUAAUUAUUUUAAUCAAUCUCUUGCAAAUAAUAUAAACAAUGAAAAUAACAAUUUUAGUCUUUUAAGGAUCUCAUUGAUUGUAUAGGAGGUAGACAUUUUUAUCAUUUUUUUUAUUUUCAAUGUACAUCAUAUAAAUCAACAGUAUCAAAAAUUAUAAUUGUUGUAUUAAAGGAACUCCGCUGAAGUCCAAAAGCAUUUAAAAAAUGGAAGAUGAGUUAAAAAAGUUUAAAUACUUGUCAUUCUGGUGUCCAAAAGC